AUGGGUUUCCUACGAUCAGCUUUCACAGCAUCUAUGCUGCUUGCCAGCAAUGCUGCCGCCUUGGACCCUAUCAUCAUGAAGGGAAAUAAGUUCUUCACCAGUAAAGGCGAGCAGUUCUUUAUCAAGGGUGUUGCCUACCAACAAGAGGCCGGGGGUGGGCCCGGCGGCAGCACGGACUCCAAGACCAAGUAUGUGGAUCCUCUGGCCGACGAGAAGACUUGCGAACGUGACUUUCCAUUACUCGAGAAGUUGGGAGUGAACACUAUCCGAACGUACGCCAUCGACCCUAAGGCGGACCACAGCGCCUGUAUGGCUAUGUUAGAGAAGGCCGGUAUCUAUGUUGUUGCCGACUUGGGUGAACCAGCUCUUUCCAUUAACCGUGAAUCUCCCGCCUGGAAUGUCGACUUGUUCGAACGUUACAAGGGUGUCGUUGACAACCUUGGAAAGUACGACAAUGUCAUUGGUUUCUUCUCCGGAAAUGAGGUUACCAACAACAACACCAACACCGAUGCUUCGGCCUACGUCAAGGCCGCUACCCGAGAUGUUAAGAAGUACAUCGCUGAUAAGACAGCUAAGGGUGGACGAUGGAUGGGUGUUGGUUAUGCUGCCAACGACGAUGCCGAUAUUCGUACUAACAUGGCUCAAUAUUUCAACUGUGGUGACCAGGACAGUGCCAUUGACUUCUGGGGUUACAACAUCUACUCCUGGUGCGGCAAGAGCAGUUUCACCGAGUCUGGUUAUGAUGUCCAGGUCAAGUUCUUCUCCAACUUCUCCGUUCCCGUCUUCUUCGCCGAGUAUGGUUGCAACACUGUCAAUGGUGCCGAAGGUCGUCUCUGGGAUGAUACCACUGCCAUUUACUCCGACCAAAUGACUGGUGUCUUCAGCGGUGGUAUCGUCUACAUGUUCCACCAAGAGGAGAAUGACUACGGUUUGGUUAAGGUCAAGGGCGACACCGCGACCCCCAUGAAGAACUACAAGGUUUUACAGUCGAAGCUUGCCGAUGUCAAGCCUUCGUCUACAUCCAUGGCCUCUUUCGACCCUACCAACUCCCCUGCCGCUUGCCCUGGCAUCUCCAAGAACUGGAAGGCCGCUGAGGCUCUCCCUCCUACUCCUGACAGCUCUCUUUGCGACUGCAUGUACAAGUCUCUCUCUUGUGUUCCUUCCGAUGAUCUCGCUGAGAAGGACUUCGGCGACAUCUUCGGUUACAUCUGCGCGAACGACGAGGCUGCUUGUGCCGGUAUCAAGCACGACACUGAGGCCGGUGUCUACGGUCCUUACAGCAUGUGCAAUGCUAAGGAGCAGCUCGGACACGUCCUCAACGCCUACUACACCAACCAGAACAGCGCGUCCACUGCUUGCAGCUUCAAGGGUGCCGCACAAAUCGUUGAUGGUUCUACAGAAUCUACUUGUGAGGCAUCUUUGGCCAAGGCCAGCUCUGCUAUCGCCGUCGCUGCUACUGCUACCGCGGGUUCCACUAGCACCUCUACCGGUGAGAGUAGCAACAGCAGUGAGAACGCUGCUGCCCCUGGAUCCGUCCGCAUGACUCCUUUUAUGACUAUGGGCGAUAUGGCUAUCAGCCUGUACGUGUUGGUGGCCAUGGGAGUUGGUGCCGGUAUGGUUAUGCUAUAG